AAAAUGACCGUCCAAAUAUAGUCUCUUAUCAAAUCGGAUCAGUAGCAAAACGGUCUGACAGCUGAUUCGAAAUCGUUGUCCAGAUCACAUCCGAGUCAAAUCGGAUCAGUAGGCCGCUUUAUACGCUUUUUUUGUUUCUUCUCUUAUUUACUGCCUAUAGGCCCCAUUCCCCCCAGUCUCAGAUACCAGAACCUCCCCUGUAACCAGCCAGCCACCAUGGAAGGAGGAGCAGGAAGAGGGGUAAUGUCCCAACCCCAACAACAACCACCACCACAACCAGGUCAAGAUCAAACUCAACAACAACAACAACAGAAAGUGGUAGUGGAGAGAUUAAGUCAAGGAGUACAACAACAACUAAAUCUGGAAUCAGUUAAAACAAGAGCAAUUGGUCUAUUCAAAGCAAUUUCUCGUAUCCUAGAAGAUUUUGAUGCCAUUGCUCGUACAAAUUCUGUUCCUAAAUGGCAAGAUAUGUUGGGGCAAUUUUCUAUGGUCAAUUUGGAGCUAUACAAUAUUGUAGAAGAUAUCAAGAAGGUUUCUAAAGCAUUUGUUGUUUAUCCAAAGAAUGUUAAUGCAGAGAAUGCAACAAUACUACCGGUGAUGUUAUCAUCAAAGCUGUUGCCUGAGAUGGAAGUAGAGGACAAUUCUAAGAGAGAACAGUUGUUGAUUGGAAUGCAAAAUCUCCCUAUACUCAAACAAAUUGAAAAGAUAAAGGCCAGAAUUGAGAUGAUUGGAGCUGCAUGCGAAAGUGCUGAAAAGGUCAUAGCUGAUACCCGGAAGGCGUAUGGUUUGGGAGCUCGUCAGGUACAAUCAGUUGUUCCAACUAUUGAUAAAGUUCAAGCUGCCAAAAUCCAAGAGCAGGAGAAUUUACUCCGAGCGGCCAUAAAUUCUGGAUCGCGAAUGCAAGUAGAUCAAAGGCAACUUCCAGCUUCCCUUCCAGUGCAUCUCGUAGAUGUGCUUACUGUUGGAGACGGUCCACAGAAUUUUCCUGAUGCUUCUGGCAUGUAUUCGAAGAACACACCAACAUCUAAUAAUGUUAACAGCCAAGGAGCACUUCUACAGUCUACGGCAGCACAAAUUAUAGGGAGAUCAAUUCCAUCACCUGGUAUUACUGGAGCUGCUUCAUUUGAUAAUACAACCACUUCGCCUCUGCCAUAUGCGAACUCACCUAGGUCUGGCACAAACAUAAUGAACGCACCUUCUCCUCAGCAACAAACACAACAACAACAGCUGCAUCAACAACAACUUCAGCAGCAGCAACAACAACAACAACUUCAGCAGCAGCAACAACUUCAAAGGCAGAAAAUGAUGCAGCAGUUACCUCCCCACCAGCAGCAACUUUUUGCCCAACAGGCGCUUAGGCAGAAUGUGGGGCAAGGAGGAGUUGGACAGAACCAGCUGUCACAACAGAUGCAUGAUUUGUCAGGAACGUCUCAGAAAUUUCAAACGAUGCAAUAUUCUCAACCAUUAGGAAACCAGCAAUUCCAAGGUAGGCAAUUGCAAUCUGGGCAAAUGCAGCACGCCAUUGGGCAAAACCAACUCAACCAAGGAAAUCUAAGGAAUCAUUUAAGCCAGCUUGCUGGAACUGCUAAUAAUGCAUUGUUCAGCGCUGCUCAAUCGUCGCCGAACUCUCAAAUGAUUCCGAACAUGUCAUCUACGAUUGCACCACAAUCACUGUUGCCUAGGACCCAGUUUGGACUAUCCGGUGCACAUCAACAAAGGAAUCCCUCGUCACUCUUAAAUGAUCAAAUGUUCAACAUGGGAGCAGUAAAUCCUGGUAAUAUGAUGACAAUGCAGCAGAAACAACAACAGCAACAACAGCAGCAGCAGCAACAACAGCAACAGCAGCAGCAACAACAACAACAGCAGCAACAACAACAACAACAACAGCAGCAGCAGCAACUUGGUGCACAAGGUGGCUUUGGUAAUCUAUCGGGCAAUACGCAAAAUCUACAAUCUGGUUUGCUGCAACAGAAUCCGAACUUCCAGCAACAGAAUCAGCAGUAGCACAAUAACCUCAGUAACCUCAAUAUUAUCCCUUUUCAGUAUACAUUUGUCAGCCCGCUCUGAUCAAUGUUUAAUUGCCAGUCUAGCUAGCAGAGGUAGUUAGGAUGAGAAAGAAUCUGCCCCUCAAGCCAGUGUAUAUAGAUUAUACAUUCUAAUUCUGAAUUGUGUCUGGAAAAGUGAGUUUCAAUUGCUGUGUAUGCUGUCUUAAGCUGCAGUGCUUCUUGGUUAAAGAAGUUAGUUGUUAGAAUGUAAAGCAUCAACAUUUUUUCUUGUUGACGCGUUAUUUUUCUGUUUUCGGACUGUAUUCUAAUACACAAUUACCCA